ACCCAAAAAGGUUUAACUCUAUUUUCUCUUCCUUUUACUCUUUCUCCUCCUCCUCCUCCUUCUUCUUCUUCUUCUUCUUCUUCUUCUCUCCAUUUCCCAAAUGAAACUUCUUUGCUCCUUUGCUUCCUCAUUCUCAUUCUUCACAAGUUUUCUUUGUUCAUGCAAGAUCCAAAGAGCUCUCACUCAAGGAAACGCUGGUACCAAAGAGCAAUGGACAUGGCAACUCACCAAUGGAAAACAAUUUCCAAGCCUUCAGAAAUUCAUGCAACAACGGCAAUAAAUCCAAAACCUUGGAAACAAAAUAAUAUUUCAACCAAUUCCAAGUCCACUGAUCACAUUCCUGGAGCAAACUGUACUCUCUGGAAAGCAGUUUCCAGGCACCCUGGAGAAGUUCCUGGAAAUGGGAAUAGAGCUUCAGGAAAGCUGAGGAAAUGUACAUCCCUUCGGGUUGCCACGUCAUUCACUCGCGUAUGUUUGUGCGCUCCAAUUUCGUCCUAUAACGAGGUUUUUAGAGCCGACAUUCCUCCUAGGAGAAGCAACAGCUAUCCUAGGUCGAAGGCGUUCCCUGGAAACUCAUAUCAGGAGAGGAUCACUAAUGGUAAUACCAGUAAUGGUAUUACAGGGAGUGUUGUGAGUAGGUUAAGCACGGAAGGAAGGCGCGUUUUUCGAGGGAAAUCGUUGACAGAUGAUGUUUUGAUGAGAAGAUUUGUGGUGGAAGAAGAAGCAAUGAUGCAAGUGAGGAGGAGGAAUCAAAUGGAAGUUAUAAGGAGGAGAAGCAUGAUGAGAAGGAAGAAGCUUGGACCAAGUCCUUUGAGUAGAAUGAUUUUGGCUGAAAAAGAAGAACAAGAUCAGAAUUGACUUGAUGCGUUGAAAAAGGUUUU